UUCCGCUUCUGGGCUUCCGCUUUCUUCUCCCUCCGCGUCUUUUCUUUCUUCAAUGGCGGCGGCGAUGUUUCGGAGCCUGCUGGUCUCGGCGGGAGGGUCCCGGGAAGCGCCGCCGCCUCCGCCUCCUCCUCCUCCUCCUCCGGCGGGCGCCUCCUCCGCUUCUUCCUCCUCCUCCUCGGCCCAGGCCCACCACCCUCCACCCGAGGCUGCGGCUCUGGAGGCCCAGUUCAGCUGCCCCAUCUGCCUGGAGGUCUACCAGAGGCCCGUCCGCAUCGCCUCCUGCAGGCACUCGUUCUGUGGGGAAUGCCUCCAGCCGUGCCUCCAAGUGACUUCUCCCCUCUGCCCACUUUGCCGCAUGCCCUUUGAUCCCAAGAAGGUGGAGAAGGCUUCCAGCGUGGAGAAGCAGCUCUCUUCCUUCAAGGCGCCCUGCCGAGGCUGUAGCAAGAAGGUGACCCUGGCAAAGAUGAGGCCCCAUGUCACGUCCUGCACCAAGGUCCAGGAGCAGAUGGCCAACUGUCCAAAGUUUGUCCCUGUCGUCCCAACCUCUCAGCCCAUUCCCAGCAAUAUCCCAAAUCGCUCCACAUUUGUCUGCCCUUAUUGCGGAGCGCGGAAUUUGGACCAGCAGGAACUGGUGAAGCACUGCAUGGAAAACCACCGCAACGACCCCAAUAAAGUGGUCUGCCCGGUCUGCUCAGCCAUGCCUUGGGGUGACCCCAGCUAUAAAAGCGCCAACUUCUUACAGCAUCUCCUUCACCGGCACAAGUUCUCCUACGACACAUUUGUGGACUACAGCAUCGACGAAGAAGCUGCCUUGCAAGCUGCCCUGGCGCUCUCCCUUUCGGAAAACUGAGGCCGAACUUUGGGGCCACUCUGGGGUUUUGCCAUGCCCUCGAUAUGGACCUUUCCCCCCUAUUUUCCCCAAUGGAGAGGGGACCAAAUCCUCAUCCCUUUCCACCGACGUUUGUCCAGACAAAUGAUUCCCAAGAACAUAAGGAAUCGGAUGCCAGCGAUGAAACGUAACGGAGCUCCAUCCUUCUCCGAGUUUGGAUUUUGGGUUGGUGGGCCCUCUUUGUACAUUCCCCCCGUUAACAAGGGGACGUUAUUUUAUUAAGAUGCUUUUAAUAAGAUUUUAGCACCAUU